CAGUGAUUGUGUUUGAUGAUUUCCUCUGUUGUGUCUAAUAAGGUAACAGUGAGUGUCAUUGGCAGCUGUGAGAGUCUCUCUCUCUUUAGGGGACUGACAGGAGCCAGUUUCUUCAGUGUGUUUGAGGGAGCAGAAGGAGAAACAGAGUCAAACAAACAGUGUGACGAGCAGAAGAAGAUGGAGGGAUGUCUGACACUCGUUUUACUCUCCUCUAUAGUCACUCUAACAACAUCUGAAUUCAAGACUGUGAGGGUGGUUAAUGGUGACAGUCGCUGUGCUGGUCGAGUGGAGGUUCAUCAUGAUGGUCAGUGGGGAACAGUGUGUGAUGAUGGCUGGGAUAUACAUGAUGCUAAAGUGGUGUGUAGAGAGAUAGGAUGUGGAGAGGCUCUAGAGGCUGUGCGUAAUGCUCGAUUUGGACCAGGAUCAGGACCAAUCUGGCUGGCUAAUGGGGCCUGUAGAGGAUCAGAGUCAACACUGAAGAACUGUGGAUCAGGAGGAUGGGGUAAACAUUACUGUGGUCAUCAUGAAGAUGCUGGAGUCAGAUGCUCAGGUCGCCUCCCUAGUCUCGUUAAUGGACCUCACCUGUGUGCUGGGAGAUUAGAGGUUCUUCAGGAAAGCACAUGGUACACAGUGUGUGCUGCUGCCUUUGACCAGCAGGAUGCAGAGGUUGUGUGUAGAGAGCUGGACUGUGGGGCUCCUGUACAGGUGCUGGGAGAAGAUGCUUUUGGAAAAGGAGACGCUCAGAUGUGGAAACAAGAGAUUCAGUGUGGAGGAGAUGAAUCAUACUUUGUAUCUUGUCCUACAUCCACAUCUUCACAUAUAAACUGUUCCCAUGAUGAUGCUGUAGGAGUAAUAUGCUCUGGUUACACUGAUCUCAGACUGGUAAACGGCUCAGACUCUUGUUCUGGAAGAGUGGAGCUUCGGUUCCUCAAUGAACUGGGGCACAGUGUGUGAUGCAUGCUGGGAUAUGAGAGCUGCUAGUGUCCUCUGUAGACAGCUGAAUUGUGGGAUUGCUGUGUCUGUUGUGGGAUCAGACUGGUUUGGAGAGGGAAGUGGUGAAAUCUGGGCUGAUGUGUUUGAUUGUGACGGGAAUGAAACAAAACUCUCAGAAUGUUCCAUCUCUUCAUGGAGUCGAGCUGAAUGUUCUCAUAGACGAGAUGUUGGAGUCAUCUGCUCUGAUUCCUCUCUGGCUGUUCAUGACGGUCUGGUGCGGUUGUCUGGAGAGAGACAGUGUGAGGGGGAGGUGGAAGUUUCCAUCCAUCAGGUCUGGAGGAGAGUUCUGCUGGACUCCUGGAGUCUCACUGAAUCCUCUGUGGUCUGCAGACAGCUGGGCUGUGGCUCUGUGCUGAACUUCUCCGGCUCCUCUUCAUCCAGUCCUGAACACAGUCAUGAGUGUGUGACGGGCUUCCAGUGCUCUGGGAGUGAAGCUCAUCUGGGGAACUGCAGCUCUCCACAAACUCUCAACUGC